AUCGAGUAAACACCAAUUAAAGUUCCAGCUCUAAUUCACACACACAGCACCGCGGUUUUUUCGCUGCACAAAAUUGUAUUUUUAACGCAAAAUAGCAGCAAUUAAUAAUAUCAAACCGUUGGACUACCCAGCUAAAAGUGCCUACUAUCUGGCGGAAUAGGAAGUUUCUCAAUUUCCAAGCGACGCUGCCCCAAAUCACGUGAUGAAAAUCCGCCUGAAAAGUCGCCUUUCGUGAAAUGUGAAGCAGUUUUAUCAACCAAAUUGGGCGGAGUGUGGAGUUCGAGUGUGUAGUGCGAGUUUCGUUGCUCGUUGCUCGUUAAGCAAAACUAUAUAUAUUUCUUAAUCCCUGACAAUGCCCCCGCAAAAUGUGAACCUCCGCGGGUGCGGGUCCUACGCGAUAAAUGCGCAAUUCGGGGCCAAUUAGUGGCUGUCUGCGGUGUCCUUUGGCCGCGCCUCCCGCUCCUGCGACUCCUUCCACAAAAACAAAAACAACCUCAUUUGCAGGCCACAGACUUUGAACUUGCUACGCGCGUGUGCGUGUGCGUGCGAUCGUGGAAAACAAAAGAAAAGCCCCCAGGCAGCAAACAAUAACAAUAGCUCCCAGUCGCACACUAUCGAUGCGAAUACAAAACAUGUUAUCUGCGCCCCAGCUAAUCUUCCUGGGCGCUCUGCUCGGCGCCUCCGUUUGCGCCUCACCCAUUGAGUUCGUGAUGGACACCAGUCCGAAUGGCUCCCGAUCUGAUCCUGCCGUCCGCUCUGGUAAAUGGCCGACGACGACCAGGGCGCCGCCGAAUGGAACAGCUGGCGAAGCUUAUCAAUUGCAAUCGCCGUCACUGGCCGCUGAUAAGGGGAGCAGCGACAACAACAGCAACAACAACAACGGCAGCGCCGUGGCCAUGCUUCUGCCGCAAGACGGCGACGGAUCCCGAGCAGUUGCCCCGGCCGCAUCCCCUCAGCUGCCCACCUUCGUUGCUGCAAUGCCCAGCACCAAGAAGCCAGAAAAAAAGAUCAAGUGCCAUUGCGACACCUGCAAGGAUGCAAACCACAUUUGCGAGACGGAUGGCUUUUGCUUUACUUCCGUGGAGAAGAAUUCCGAUGACACCAUCACCUUCAGCUACAGAUGCCUGAACAUGUCGCAGAGUUUUCCGCCAGGCCGUUUUAUCUGGUGCAACGAUGGAUUGCACGGCGGACCCACGGCCCGUCCGGUUGGCCGAAGAGGAGCCCACGCCUGCUGCGACGACGGCGACUUCUGCAAUCUGUUUCUGAAGCCCAAGGCGAGGGAUCAGCCGUCUAAUCCUUUGGAGGGUCAGCGGGGGUCGUCGGUCGCCGUCGAAGACAAUGUGCCCCAUCGAUUGACCAGCUGGGAGUUUGUGGCCAUCAUCCUGGGCGCCACCCUCUUGAUUUGCCUCACGGGCACCACUACAUGGUACUACUGCCAACGCCGAAAGCGCUUGGCCAGCGGCAGGCCGUUUGCCAAGGAGGAUUCUGUGUACGAUCCCAUACUGAAUGGUAAUACUACCAUACACGACAUCAUUGAAAUGACCACCUCCGGUUCGGGUUCGGCUGGUCUGCCCCUGCUGGUGCAGCGUUCCAUUGCCCGCCAAGUGCAAUUGUGCCAGGUCAUCGGAAAGGGACGUUUCGGGGAGGUCUGGCGUGGACGCUGGCGCGGCGAGAACGUGGCGGUCAAGAUCUUCUCCAGUCGCGAGGAGUGCUCCUGGUUCCGUGAGGCGGAAAUCUAUCAGACGGUAAUGCUUCGGCACGAGAACAUUCUUGGCUUUAUAGCUGCGGACAACAAGGACAACGGAACUUGGACACAGUUGUGGCUGGUUACCGACUACCAUGAGAAUGGAUCGCUGUUUGACUAUCUAACCACGCACACCGUCGACACCAACACCAUGCUGAACAUGUCGCUGAGUAUUGCCACUGGGUUGGCCCAUCUGCACAUGGACAUUGUGGGCACUCGCGGCAAGCCCGCCAUCGCUCACCGCGAUCUCAAGUCCAAGAACAUACUGGUCAAGUCAAACCUGAGUUGUGCCAUUGGGGACUUGGGUUUGGCCGUGCGUCACGUAGAGAAAAAUGACUCGGUGGACAUACCCUCGACGCACCGCGUCGGCACCAAGCGCUACAUGGCGCCCGAGGUGCUGGACGAGAGCAUGAACGACCAGCACUUCGACUCCUACAAGCGAGCAGAUGUGUACGCCUUUGGCCUGAUUCUCUGGGAGAUUGCACGCCGCUGCAACAUGGGCAUGAUCUACGAUGAGUACCAGUUGCCCUACUACGACGCCGUGCAGCCAGAUCCCAGCAUUGAGGAGAUGAAAAAGGUGGUUUGCAUUGAGAAGAGCCGACCAAACAUUCCAAACCGCUGGCACGCCUCCGAUGUGCUCCACAACAUGGCCAAAGUAAUGAAGGAGUGCUGGUAUCCCAAUCCGGUGGCUCGUUUGACAGCGCUGCGCAUCAAAAAGACACUUGCCAGCAUCAGUGUGGAGGACAAGGUCAAGAACUGAUUGUGGCUCUAGUUCGACGAGACGCCCCCGUGACCCAUGGAUCGGGAUCGGGGGGAGACAUACAUUAGUAACCUGUAACCUGGCCCCGUGUUACCUUAAAUGUCCUGGCAGCGCCUGCGAAGCAGUUCCAGAAACCCGUUAAGAAAUGAAUUACAAAGAAAAUUGUAAAUAUUAAGUGCUAACUCAUCCUUAACGUUUUCAAUGCUUUGCUUUGUUUCUAUACAGAUCGAGCUCGUUAUUAGUUUUGUGUUAACACCAUCCUGAACUAUUGUACAUAAACUUUGUUGACAUUUACGCUGAGAUUUGCUUGUUUCCGGGCAGCGUGAGCAAAGCGGCGCCCCAAACGAAUCUGCCGCACUGCCAUUAGAGCUACCAGAUGGGGCCUAGUUAUAUAUACCAACAAACAAACACCUUUAUAUACACAAUAUAUAUUUUUUAUAAAUCCUGUUUGCAAGCGAGAGAAUCCAGCUAACAAAACGAUAAAUACAAAACGAAAAAUACAGUAAGACUUUGUCAAGACUGAGCAGCAGUAGAAAGCAGUGAGAAAACCGAUUCAAAUCACUGACAAUUUUUUGCCUGCAAAAUAGAAAAUAUACAAAAACAGAUACAGAUCAUCAGCAGAGAAGAUAACUUUAGGCAUAAUCCAACAGAUAUAAAGUUGACAAACUCAGGAAAUCGUAACGUAAAAAUAAAAAUUAAAAGAAUUAAACAAUUUGGUGCGCCGCCUGCUCACGUACAGCUUGCCAUGCCCACGUCGCUAUUGCUGCUGCUGUGCCUCCUAAGCUUAAUCUAAGCCAAGCCCUUCUCCCAUAAGUGUAUUUCCAUAUCGAUUAAAGAACUUAUAUUUGUUAUCCUAAGUUUAAACUAUUUUAAAAUGUCUAUAUCAAAACUCUCGACUCUGGCAACCGACCAAAAGUGGUUGCAGGUUCAUCCUCACGCAUACUUAUUGUUUUUGUUAUCUUAUCUAUUCAUUUGUCGCAUGUCCAUUUUUCCUUUUAUUAUUUCUGUUUCUUGUCCUCUUAUAACCAAAGCUUGUUCUUCCUAUUAUACUGUAGCCAUACAAAAUACAUUAAAGUAAAAAAAACUAUAAAAUAUUAAAAAGUUUUAUGGUACAUUUAUAUAUGAAUUGUAUACCAUAUUUGCUUCUAUUGUAAAUUCAAAGGAACUAAAUGUUUCGUGAACAAAGCUAAACCACUAGUUUAAGUAUGUGAACACACAGUUUGGUGUAGUAAUUUUGGGUCAUACAAUAAGUUUAACAUCUUAAAAUAAUUAAUUUUUCACAUCAAAUGCCAUAAAGCUAAAUGAGUCCGUUAUCAACAUAUACCUGUACACACAAACCAUUAUCGAAAUGCAAUAGUAGUUUCAACGCAAACCAUGUUCCCUCAACCCAUAAACACACGCCAGCUGAGAGAUUAAAGUAAACAUUAAUUAACUUUUUAAUCAUUUGGAUGUAAGCUACAAGUAAGCAGUGCAUGCAAAAUUGUAAUUAGGGUUAUGAUUAUAUAAUGCAUAUUGUUAUUUUUCGGCCUGCGAAAUUUAAUUUCCUAUUUUAUUUUAAGCCUUCCGAAGUUAAUCAUUUCCUGUACGAACACAAUCGAUUUCUUUGGGAAAACAAAUCUAAGCAAAAUAUUUUAAGCUGUAUUAGCAAACAUAUAUUUAGUUUCUGAAACUAUUCCUGUAAUUGUAAAAUCUGUAAAUAGUCUGUGCAAGUCGAACACAGAAAAAAAACAAAUUUCAAUGAAGCGCUUUUAUUGAUAAUUGUUUGCCAGUGUUUCAAAAUUAAGUUUAAGCAGAAAGUUGUUUCUACGACAAACCCCAAAACAACCUCCAAUGUGGCGCGUUUCCUAUAACCCACGACCUUAGUCCCUGAUCCAAACCAAAAACAACUUACAUUGAACUGAGUUUAAGAUUCAAUUUAAACCGAAGAACACAAAAUCAACAAAAGACUUUAACAAUGCGCAAAAACAUAUAAAAAUUAAUUAAAAAAAAAUAUCCUAUUUUGCUGCAAAAUAUAAUUUUGGUUCAACAUUUCAAAGAUUUAAAGAAGUAACACGAAAUACUGUGCGAAUUAUGUUAGGCUCAAGUAAGCAAAAUGGGUCUCAGCCAUAAAGGUAAUAAGCGAAAGAUUUGAAAUGUGUAUUAAUCGUAAAUGGAUUGGAUCAUGAGAGAUAUAUAGAAAGGCAAAGAGAGAUAGAGAAACGAGGAAUGAUUGACUUGGGUGUAAUGUUCAAAACAAAAGCGUUGAAAGUGUAAACAGAGUCUAACUUUUAGCUUUAAGCUGCGUUUUUACUGGCACUUUAAAUAAAAAUACAUACAUAAAAGCAACCGAAAA